AUGAGCAUCUCUACGGCCCAGAUAGACCAGCUUGUACAGGAUUGGAUCUCAAUUGAUCCCAACCCCGAAACAAAACAAGAAAUCCAGACCCUCCUGCAAAACCGCGAGUAUGACAAGUUGCGCCAGAAGUUGUACCCUCGAAUCGCAUUCGGCACAGCUGGUUUGCGUUCGUCGAUGGAGUCAGGGUUUGCCCACAUGAACGAUGUCACAGUGCUUCAAGCGUCGCAAGGUUUGGUCAACUAUCUCGCUUCAAAGUUCGAACACCCGUCAAUUGUUGUUGGGUAUGACCACCGUUAUCACUCGCAACGAUUCGCGGAGCUCUUGGCGAGUGUCGCCUUGGUUAAAGGUGGCAUCACGGUGUACUACUUGGGCUCAAUCGAUGAUCUCUCUCGGGAGUCGUUGAAGUUAUCCGAGGGCCAAUUCAAGAAUGACGAUGAAGCCUCGCGGGAAUACGUUCACACGCCCAUGGUGCCCUUUGCUAUUGACACCUUGGGCGCUUCGGGGGGAGUCAUGAUUACUGCGUCGCAUAACCCGGCAAUGGACAAUGGAUACAAGGUGUAUUAUCUGAAUGGGUGUCAGAUUAUCCCCCCGGUAGAUCAUGAAAUUGCUGAGCUGAUUGAGCACAAUUUGCAGCCUUGGAGUGACCAAGUUUGGAACGUGACCGAGAAUUUCACUGCUGGUUUCCACAGUGGUGUUUUGAAGCCGGUGAAGGAGGAAAUCGUGAAACAAUAUGUCGAGCAAGUCAAGUUGAAGUUGGUCAAGACGGACGAGUUGGAUUUCAACUUUGUUUACACGCCCAUGCAUGGUGUGGGUUUGGAGACGUUUGCCAAGUGUUUGAGCUUGUUUAAAAAGACGCAGAAAUAUGAGUUUGUCACUAAGCAAGCUAAGCCUGACCCGGCGUUCCCCACUGUCAGUUUCCCCAACCCGGAGGAGAAAGGUGCGUUGGACUUGGCCAUUGAGACCGCGCUGGGCUUGGGUUACAAGUUGGUGUUGGCAAAUGACCCCGAUGCUGAUCGGUUCAGUCUCGCCGUGGCUGACAAAAAUGGCAAGUUUAAACAGUUGACGGGCAACGAGAUUGGAUUCCUCUUUGCUAUGCAUGUGAUUGAAACUUUGAGCAAGGACGAAUUGUCGCGCACGUAUUUGUUGAACUCCACAGUCUCGAGCCAGAUCUUGAAAGCCAUGGCUGAAAAGGAUGGAUUCCAAUUUGCAGAUACCUUGACUGGGUUCAAAUGGAUGGGAAACAAGGCCAUAGACUUGACUAAAGACGGGUACUUGGUUCCGUUUGCAUUCGAGGAGUCGAUUGGGUUCAUGUUUGAUAUCGUGCACGAUAAGGACGGGGUUUCUGCUGCGAUUGUGUUUUUGCAGUUGUACCAACGGUGGACCGCAAGUGGCGACGUUGAUGUCUUGGACAAGUUGCAAGCUGGAUACAGGAAAUACGGCUGGUUCAAGGAUUUGAAUGGAUAUUAUAGAGUCGGUGAUAUGGAAGUUACCGGUAAGAUAUUUGCAAGCAUUCGGGAUUCAUACAAGGGUAGUGACUAUACUGAAACGAUUGGAGGCUACAAGGUUACAUAUUGGAGAGACUUGACUGUGGGGUACGACUCGUCAACCGCGGACCACAAACCGCUCUUGCCGGUGGACCCUCACUCUCAGAUGAUUACCGGUGUGCUUGAACCACUCAAAAGGCCUGCAAACGACCCCAAGCUAUCUGUGAGGUUCACUGCUAGAGGCUCAGGCACGGAGCCCAAGUUGAAAGUCUACAUUGAAGGAAAAUCCACUGUAAGUGAAAGCGAUGCUUUGAGUGUUGCUGACGAUUGUUGGGAAACACUCAAGAAGCAAUGGUUUAAACCCGAUGUGUACGGUUUGAAAGAGCUGAAACCUUGA